AUGAGCAACCUCCUUCUGAGAAAUCUGAAGAGCGUGCUGGUGUCGGCCGGGCAGGCAGAGCGGAGCAGAAGUGCGGCUCCAACUGACGGCGAAGCUAUAGUGAGGAAAACCGUUUCUUUCCCUUUUCAUAUCCCGUACCUAAUCAGACUGGAAGUCCUUGGAGGCAGGCUAAACCGAGAGCAAAGGGGCUGUCGGCCGUGGAUUGCCUUUGCCCAGCUGCACACUGGUGGGGCGCAGGAGGACGCUGACCCACCGCUGAAGGGGCUGUGGGGCAGAAGGGAAAGCAGGCGUGGGGCUGUAGGGUUGCUUGGUGAUGAAGGGGGCCCGGACUCGAACUGGGAGCCAGACUGGGAUGGACUGGCGGAGGUGGAAGAGGACUGGGAAGAUGAUUCUGGAGAGUUUUUGAGAGUGGACCAAGACAAAGACAGAGAAUGCAGCCUGGACUGUGCAGGUUCCCCUCAGAAAUCACUCUGUGCAUCUGAUGGAAGAACUUUUCUGUCCCGGUGUGAAUUUCAACGAGCAAAAUGCAAAGACCCUCAGCUGGAAAUAGCCUACCGGGGCAACUGCAAAGAUGUUUCCAGAUGUGUGGCUGAGAGGAAGUACACCCAGGAACAAGCUCGCAAGGAAUUUCAACAAGUGUUUAUUCCAGAAUGCAAUGACGAUGGCACAUAUAGUCAGGUUCAGUGCCACAGUUACACUGGAUACUGCUGGUGUGUCACUCCCAACGGUCGUCCUAUCAGCGGUACCGCUGUGGCCCACAAAACUCCCCGGUGCCCAGGUUCAGUCAGUGAGAAGCUGCCACAACGAGAAGGUGCAGGAAAAACAGAUGAUGCCUCAGCUCCCGCGCUGGAGACACAGCCUCAAGGUGAUGAAGAAGAUAUAGCUUCUCGUUAUCCUACCUUAUGGACUGAGCAAGUAAAGAGUAGACAAAAUAAAACCAAUAAAAGCUCAGCAUCGUCAUGUGAUCAAGAACUUCAGUCAGCCCUGGAGGAAGCUAAACAGCCCCAGAAAGACAAUGUGUUCAUUCCAGAGUGUGCUCAGGGUGGCCUCUACAAGCCAGUGCAGUGCCAUCCUUCCACAGGCUACUGCUGGUGUGUUCUGGUGGAUACAGGACGUCCCAUCCCUGGUACAUCAACCAGGUAUGAACAACCUAAGUGUGAUAACGGUGCCAGAGCCCACCCAACCAAAACAAAGGACUUGUACAAAGGACGCCAGCUUCAAGGUUGUCCUGGGGCCAAGAAGAAUGAGUUCCUGACUAGUGUUUUGGAUGCAUUGUCCACGGAUAUGGUGCACGCAGUCUCUGAUCCAUCAUUGUCUUCUAGCCGGGUUUCAGAGCCUGAUCCAAAUCAUACUCUAGAAGAGAGAGUGGUCCACUGGUAUUUCAAACAGCUAGAUAAAAAUUCCAGUGGUGACAUUGGCAAGAAAGAAAUCAAGCCAUUUAAGAGAUUCCUAAGAAAGAAAUCAAAACCCAAAAAAUGUGUGAAGAAGUUUGUGGAAUACUGUGAUGUGAACAACGAUAAGUCCUUGUCAGUUCAAGAAUUAAUGGGCUGCUUGGGAGUGACAAAAGAAGAAGGUAAAGCAGAAACAAAGAAACGCCAUACGGCUCCUAAAACCAACACUGAGAGCACUUCAUCCAGCAGGCAGCAAGUUUCUAAGAAGCAAGGGUGAACAGCUUACUGAUCCAAGGCAGAUCUCUUUGACAUGUGGGAGAUUUCCUCACCAAAAGGCAAUAAAAACAACUGUAGUAUUUGCACUUUGUACUUAAAAAUGUAAAUUCACUUUGUAGAAAUGAAAUAUUUAAACAGACUUUUUUUUAAUCUGUGAAAAUGUAAUGGCUAGUUUUGAAAAAUUAUCACAUACAAUGUAUGUGUAUUCUUUUGUUGUCUGAAAUAUGUAAAAC